AUGUGUUUUUGGUGCAAUGCAGAAUGCAUGCAAUGUUUGUUUUGUCGACCGAUUUUUACUAAUUUAUUACGAACAAUAUGUAUAAAUAAAACAAAGCUAACUUAAAAAAUAGUUGUAUAAUGUCUCAUCCAGUUGAUUAUAGUGUACCACCUCCAUUAUUGAAUGUUAAGCCACCAAUGACUCCGUUGCCGCUUGGUUCUAUUCCAGCGACUGCAUCGACGGCAACCCCGCCGCCGCCGCUGGCGCCGCCGCCGUACUCAGUGCCGCCUCCACCCCUUGCGGUUCCGUUGCCUCCACUGAACCAACCACCGCCAUGCUUCCCUCCAUUAAAUCUUCCACCACCCAUUAUCACCAGCUUUCCUCCGCCUCCAAUCGAGACUGCGCCAAACACGUUCACAGCUCCUUCGGAAUACUCUUAUCCUGCAAGAUUGAUGAUAAAACAGGAACUGAACAUAAAACGAGAAACUCCAUUCAAAGUUGAAAGAGGGUCACCAGAUUGCUACAGUCAGAUCUCCGAGAGAAGCAGCUCAUCAUACCGACACAGCAGUGUCGCGUCUGACCGCCUCAGUGUCGUGUCUGAUCGUUCUUCCUACACUCACAUAGACAGAGCACAUAUUCCAUCAACUUCUAGAGAGAGGUCAGACAGACCUUCUCACAGUAGACAUGAGGAGUAUAUUAGGGAGAAAGAGAGAGAAAGGGAACUUUAUCAUAGAGCCAAAGAGAGGUAUUACAGAGAAAGGCAUGAAAGAAGGAGCCCAAGCCGCAGCAGCAGAGCCUAUAGCCGCAGCCCAUCACGGCUCAGUGAGAGGGAAAGAUACUACAGGGAAAAAGAUAGACACCACUCUGACAGAUAUUCUCAUGAAAGAAGGAAGUAUGAAUAUGAGAGAUCAAGAAGACAUGAAUAUGAUAGAAGAUAUGAUCAUGAGCACCGCAGGCAUGAGAGUAGACGUCCUGACUAUGAUCGAAGGGCAAGUCCUCCACACCAUCGUGAUUACAGGAGUCAUAGUCGAAGUGUAUAUGAGGAUAGGCGACUGAGGUCUCCCAUCCGAGAUCGUCGUUCACUGAGCCGGGAGUCACGUCGUGUCAGAAGCCGAAGUCGUACAAGAGCACGUUCUCCAAGAUCCAGACAUGACCUGGAACCUAAAAAGCCAUUGUCUGACAGGGAAAAAAUAUUAGAAGAAUUCAGGAAAAACUACUGCCAAACUUCAGAAGAUUUUGUGGAAAAAAUGGAGCAGUGGUCCAAAGAACAUAAAGAAGAUGAAGAGAACCAGAAGAUGUGGUACCGCAGUUCCCCGGCCGAGCUCUACUACAAGCCUCUGGAGGGCGGCGCCGGCGUGCAGCAGUCGCCGAAACUGGAGAAGCUCUGUGAGAGCGUGCAGAGGAGCCUCAUAGACCGCGGGAGGCAGGCGCGCCCGGAGGUCGAUGAACUGCCUCCGCUGAAGCCGCCUAGGGCUAAGAUGUGCAAGCAUAAAACUGACGACAACAGCUCAUCCGAGUCGUCCUCAUCCGAAGUGGACGAGUGCCUGGACGAGGACGGGCUGCAGGGCUACACGGACCGCAUCAUGCUGGAGCUGCAGCGCAAGCAGAGCCACCCGAGGAGGCUGCAUCCGGAGAUGUGGUUCAACCUAACCGGUGAGAUGAACGGCGGCCCGCUCUGCCGCUGCAGCGCGCGCGCGCGGCGACACGGCAUGAGACACGGGGUUUAUGCCGGCGAGCAGGCCUUCCCGAGAUGCACGCCCACUACUAGCAACAUAGACAAGCUGUAUCAUUACCGAAUCACAGUGUCUCCUCCGACAAACUUCCUCAUAAAAGCUCCGACCAUUAUCGGCCAUGAUGAGCACGAGUUCCUGUUCUCUGGAUUCUCUAUGUUCUCACACUACAAGUUGGCCAAACUACCCACUUGCAAGGUGAUAAGGUUCAAUAUUGAAUACACCAUCCUGUACGAAGAAGAACCGGCGCCGCAAAACUUUACUAUUCAAGAGCUGGAUCUAUUUGAGGAAUACCUUUUCUACGAGUUGCUGGAGUUGGUAGACUUGGAUCUGGGCAAGGCGACCGGGGACAACUGUUCGCAGUUCCAUUUCAUGCCGCGGUUUGUGAGGUUCUUACCGGAAGGCGGGUGUGAAGUGCUGUCAAUGUGCGAAGUCCUCAAAUACUUACUGGACGAGAGUGGUCUGCUGAUUCCGCCAGAAAUGCUGGAAGAAGUUCAUGAAAUGGACCAUUACACCUGGCAGAAAUUUGUAGACGGAAUCAAAGGCAUGAUAGUAACCUACCCGGGCAAGAAGCCCUGCUCCGUCCGAGUGGACCAACUGGACCGCAGCCCGCCGCCCGGCGCGGCGCCGCGGCCGCGCGGCUACUACCCGGAGAUCGUGCACUUCGGCAUCCGCCCGCCGCAGCUCAGCUACGCUGGGAACCCUGAAUAUCAAAAGGCGUGGCGUUACUACGUGAAAUACCGUCAUUUGAUUGCAAACAUGGCGAAACCCACUCUGAAAGAGCGUCAGAAGUUAGCGGCGAAAGAGGCGAAACUUCAAGAGAUGAGAACGCAGAGUAAAAUGAAGCGAGAUGUCACCGUCGCCAUAUCUUCUGAAGGGUUCCACACUACCGGCCUAAUGUGUGACCUUGUACAGCACGCCAUGCUGAUCCCAGUUCUAGUCCGCCACCUGCGCUUCCACAAAUCCCUGGACAGUCUAGAGAAGAACGUCGGCUACGUAUUCAAACAACGGGCCUUACUACAGACGGCCCUAACUCACCCGUCCUAUAGAGAGAACUUCGGGACCAAUCCCGACCAUGCGAGGAACAGCUUGACUAAUUGCGGUAUCAGGCAGCCUCAGUACGGAGACAGAAGGAUUCAUUAUACCAGGAAGAAGGGAAUCGUGACCCUCAUAAACAUAAUGUCCCGCUUCGGCAAGCACAGCGAGACCGAGUCCGCUAUCAAACACAACGAGCGGCUGGAGUUCCUCGGCGAUGCCGUGGUCGAGUUCCUGUCGUCUAUACACCUGUUCAAGAUGUUCCCCGGGUUAGCGGAAGGGGGUCUAGCCACGUAUAGAGCGGCUAUUGUGCAGAACCAGCAUUUGGCGCAGUUGGCUAAGAACAUAGGUCUGGAAGCGUACAUGCUCUACGCGCACGGCUCUGACCUCUGUCGGGAUGUCGUCAUGCGGCACGCGAUGGCCAACUGCAUCGAGGCCUUCAUGGGGGCGCUGUUCUUGGACGGAGGGGUUGAGGUGGCAGACCGUGUGUUUUCCCUUGCUCUCUGGUACAACGAGCCUGAACUCCUGGAGGUCUGGUCCAAGGAGCGAGGGCAUCCGUUACAGGAGCAAGAGCCGUUGGGGGACAGGAAGUACAUCAAGGACUUUGAGUUCUUGCAGCGGCUCACGGAAUUUGAGGAGUCUAUAGGCGUCCAAUUCAAGCACAUCCGUCUCCUAGCCCGUUCCUUCACGGACCGCUCGGUCGGGUUCACUCACCUGACGCUCGGCUCCAACCAGCGCCUCGAGUUCCUCGGAGACACCGUGCUGCAGCUGCUGGUGUCCGACCGGCUGUACCGGCACUUCCCCGACCACCACGAGGGGCACCUGUCUCUCCUCCGCUCAUCGCUAGUCAACAACCGCACUCAAGCCAUGGUGUGCGACGACCUCAACAUGUCAACAUACGCCAUCUACAACAAUCCCAAGGCCAAGCCGACUACGAAGAAACACAAAGCGGAUCUGUUGGAGGCGUUCCUUGGAGCACUGUAUAUUGAUAAGAACCUAGAAUACUGCCAAGCCUUCUGCAACGCGUGCCUAUUCCCGCGUCUUCAAGAGUUCAUCAUGAACCAGGACUGGAACGACCCCAAGUCGAAGCUGCAGCAGUGUUGCCUCACGCUGCGCUCCAUGGAGGGAGGCGAGCCCGACAUACCGCUCUACAAGGUGAUCGAGUGUCUCGGCCCCACCAACACGCGCGUGUACACGGUGGCCGUGUACUUCCGCGGGGCGCGCCUCGCCGCCGCGCGCGGCCACUCCAUACAGGAGGCCGAGAUGAACGCCGCCGAGGAGGCUCUCAACGCGGCUCACGAACUCUUCCCCCAACUCGACCACCAGAAGCGUGUGAUAGCCAAAAGCUUGAAGCACAAGAAGGGCAAAUCUUCAGGCGACCGGCGCGGCGACUCACCCGAGAGGUCACUCAAGAACAAGCGACUCGAAGACCGAGUCCCCAAAGCGUACCGCCUCGGGAAACACAAAGACAAAUACCUGAGUUCGGAUGAAAGCGAUAUGCACCAGACCACUGAUGAAGAAAUUGAUAACCGAAGUGAGUUAGGAGAUAAGUCUGAAGACGAUUCUGGACUGGAUUCGGAUGGAGAGUCCGUUGCGAUGGAUAAACUACAACAUGUUGAGGUGAGCAGCUUGUUAACAGAUAUGGAGAAGAUAAAGAAAGAUCUCAUCCAACGCAACCAGUAUGAUAAGCUGAAAGAGAAGAAAAGUUUGUCGGAAUCAGACGAUGAAUGAAGUAGCGAGGUAAGAGAAAGUGUAAUGUGUUAUUUAUGAAAUCAAAGUGAGGAGUAAUCUGUGGUAUUAUAGUCAUUUUUUAUUUGUAUUAGGCAACCAAUUUAAUUAGGCUUAUAGAGGGUGUCGCAAAAAGGAAAUGGCUGGUUCGCACUAACCAACGAUAACUUGACGUAAAACCUUGUCUUGAAUAUAUUUUCCAAAUAUUGCUAUUCUAUGGAUAUUUUAAGUCUUUUGCAACACCCUAAAUAUUAAGGACUCGCAAUGAAAUCUAACUGCAUUUAUAGGAACGGAUUUAAAG